AUGGUGCACGAUCAUAGGCUUCAUCUUCUUUCCAUUUUCUUCCUCAUAGCAUGCAUUUUCUUAGGUCUCCUAGAAAUUAGAGUUUCAGCGGAAAGGACUACUUAUAUUGUCCAUAUGAACAAGUCUUUCAAGCCCGAUUUCCACCCUACCCACAACCAUUGGUACUCCUCAACUGUUGACUCUCUCAACACUAAAAAUCCCUCUUCAUUUCAUGCCAAAAGAUCAUCUACUCCAUCAUUACUUCUAUACACUUAUGACAAUGCUUUUCAUGGCUUCAGUGCAAGCCUAUCUCCACAAGAACUGGAGAAUCUAAAGAAGUCUCCAGGAUUUGUCUCAGCUUUCAAUGACAAGGUUGUCACCAUUGACACCACCCACACCACUGACUUUCUCUCCCUUAACCCCUCCAGUGGUCUAUGGCCUGCUUCAAACUAUGGUGAAGAUGUCAUCAUUGGUGUCAUUGAUACUGGGGUCUGGCCGGAGAGCGAGAGCUUCAAGGAUGACGGUAUGACUGCUAAUAUUCCAGCCAAGUGGAAGGGAAUUUGUGAGGAAGGAGAACAGUUCAAUUCGUCAAUGUGUAACUUUAAGCUCAUAGGAGCUAGAUAUUUCAACAAGGGUGUGAUUGCAGCAAAUCCUAAUAUUAACAUCAGUAUGAACUCUCCUAGGGACAUUGAAGGGCAUGGGACUCACACAUCUUCCACGGCUGCUGGGAAUUAUGUAGAAGAUGCAUCUUAUUUCGGCUAUGCUAAUGGGACAGCCAGAGGUGUGGCUCCACGCUCAAGGUUGGUGAUUUACAAGGCUUUAUGGGAGGAGGGAUCAUAUGCCUCUGAUGUUUUGGCGGGCAUAGACCAGGCUAUUGCAGAUGGAGUGGAUGUCAUUUCAAUCUCAAUGGGUUUCGAUAAUGUGCAGCUGUAUGAAGAUCCCAUAGCAAUAGCUUCUUUUGCUGCCAUGGAGAAGGGUGUGGUGCUUUCUGCUUCCGCAGGAAAUGCAGGUCCACAACUUGGCAGUCUGCAUAAUGGCAUCCCUUGGGUUUUGACUGUUGCAGCAGGCACAAUAGAUCGUUCAUUUGGUGGGACUCUAACUUUUGGAAAUGGACAAACACUUGUUGGGCAGACCUUGUUCCCAGCAAAUGCCAUUGUGGAAGACUUGCCUUUGAUAUACAAUAAAAAUUUCUCUUCAUGUAACUCAUCGAAAUUGUUAUUAGAUUCUUCUCCCAUUGGGGUUGUCGUCUGUGAUGAAACUUGGCCACUACAUGAUCAAAUUAGACAAGUCACAGAAGCACAGUUGCGAGGAGCCAUAUUCAUCUCAAACUUUACUGCGGGAAGAGUGACAUGUCCUGGCAUUGUGAUAAGCCCUGAAGAUGCAAACUCUUUAAUCAAAUAUGCAGAAAGCAAUGAGAAUCCUACCGUAAGCAUCAAGUUCCAGCAAACCUUUGUUGGAACAAAGCCUGCACCAACAGCUGCUGGAUACACUUCAAGAGGUCCUUCUCCAAGUUAUCCAAACAUUUUGAAGCCGGACAUAAUGGCACCUGGGACUCGAGUUUUGGCUGCCUUCGUUCCAACUAAUGCAGCAGGAUUAAUUGGGUCUAAUGUGUUUUUACCAAGCAACUACCAUCUAUUAUCUGGGACAUCAAUGGCUUGCCCUCAUGCUUCUGGUGUGGCAGCAUUACUGAAAGGGGCACACCCGGAAUGGAGUCCUGCCGCAAUAAGAUCUGCCAUGAUGACCACAGCCAAUCCAUUAGACAAUACUCGAAACCCAAUUCGUGAGAAUGACAAUGGUUUGGAAUUUGCCUCACCUUUAGCUAUUGGUUCAGGUCAGGUGGACCCGAAUACAGCACUUGACCCAGGUUUGAUAUAUGAUGCAACCCCACAAGAUUAUGUUAACCUUCUUGUCUCCUUGAAUUAUACCAAGAACCAAAUCUUAGCCAUCACUAGAUCAGAAGCAUAUAACUUUUCCAAUCCAUCUUUUGAUCUAAAUUACCCAUCAUUCAUAGCUUUGUAUGAUAAUGAUGACAAACCAAUAGUGGCAAAGUCCCGGACAUUUGAAAGAGUUGUAACAAAUGUGGGAGAUGGUGCAGCAAAGUACGAGGCUUCAGUGAAAGAACCAGAGGGUUCUGUGGUGACUGUCUCACCAAAGAUAUUGGUGUUUGGAAAUAAGUAUGAGAAGCAAAGCUAUACACUUACCAUAUACUAUACCAACGGUAGGAAAGGAAGUGUAUCAUUUGGAGAAAUUGUUUGGGUUGAAGAAAAUGGAAACCACAUUGUUAGGAGUCCUAUUGUACUAAACAAAACAAUGGAGCAGCUUAAUCAUAGCCUUCCUCUUCAAUACUGCAUUUUCAUCCUUGUCGUAUGCUUAGUUUCAGCAGAAAGGGAAACUUAUAUUGUUCAUAUGGACAAAUCUUUCAAGCCUGAGUCACACCCUACUCACAACCAUUGGUAUUCCUCCAUUGUUGACUCUCUCAACGCUAACAGUCGUUCCUUUUUCCAUCCCAAAAUACCAUUCACUACUCCAUCAAUUCUAUACACCUACGACAACGCUGUUCAUGGGUUCAGUGCAAGUCUAUCUCCGGAAGCAUUAGAGAAUCUAAAGGGAUUCUCAGGAUUUGUCGCAGCUUACAGGGACAGGGCCGUCAAGGUCCAUACAACCCGCAGCACAGAUUUUCUCUUCCUCAACCCUUCUACUGGUUUAUGGCCUGCUUCCAACUAUGGUGAAGAUAUCAUUAUUGGUGUCAUCGACUCAGGGGUGUGGCCGGAGAGUGAGAGCUUCAAAGACCAUGGAAUGACCAAGAAAAUUCCAGCUAAAUGGAAAGGAAUUUGCCAGGAAGGACAACAGUUCAAUUCCUCCAUGUGUAACUACAAGCUCAUAGGAGCUAGGUACUUCAACAAUGGUGUGACUGCAGCAAACCCAAAUAUCACUCUCUCUAUGAACUCUGCUAGGGACACCUCCGGACAUGGAACCCACACAUCUUCUACAGCUGCUGGGAACUAUGUCGACGAUGUUUCUUACUUCGGCUAUGCUAAAGGAACCGCCAAAGGUGUAGCGCCGCGCUCGAGGGUGGCCAUUUACAAGGCCUUAUGGGAUGAAGGAGGUUUCGUCUCUGAUAUUCUGGCGGCCAUAGACCAAGCUAUUGUUGAUGGGGUAGACAUCAUUUCACUUUCACUGAGCUCGGUUGAUACUGUGCCACCGCUAUAUGAGGAUCCCAUAGCCAUAGCUACUUUUGCUGCCAUGGAGAAGGGUGUGGUGGUUUCUUCUUCGGCUGGAAACGAAGGUCCAGAGCUUGGGACUGUGAAUAAUGAUAUUCCAUGGGUGUUGACUGUUGCAGCAGGGACGAUGGACCGUUCGUUUGGUGGGACUGUAACCUUUGGAAACGGGCUAACACUUGUUGCAGUUGACCCAGGUUUGAUAUAUGAUGCAACCCCACAAGACUAUGUCAAUCUCCUAGUCUCCAUGAACUUUACCAGGAACCAAAUCUUAGCCAUCACUAGAUCUGAAGCCUAUGACUUCUCCAAACCAUCAUCUGAUCUGAACUACCCAUCGUUUAUUGCUUUGUACGAUAACCAAACAACAUCAAGGCUAAAGAAGUUUGAACGAACUGUUACAAAUGUGGGAGAUGAUGCGGCAAAGUUCACGGCUUCGGUGACUUCUCCACCACGUUCCCAAGUUUCUGUCUCACCAGAGACGCUGGUGUUCAAGAAGAAAUAUGAGAAGCAGAGCUAUACUCUUACAAUAAAAUAUGGAAGGGACGAGAGAAAAGAAGUAUCAUUUGGAGAAAUUGUUUGGGUUGACGAAAACGGAAAGCACACUGUGAGGAGUCCGAUUGUAGUUUCACCUGUCCUUUGAUUUCACUGGAUUGUCGUUGUAUUUGAAGUUAAUUUGCAAGAAGUUUAUCAGUUAUUAGUUAAUUAAGAUUAGAGAAGUCUAAAUGAGAAAGUUGACAGCUAAAA